ACCACCGCCGCCAUUGGCAUUCGUGCUUCUUCGCUUCUUCUGAUGUAUAGUUAGUUAUAGUGUAGUUUUAAGAAAUGAUGUGAUGAGUGAUUUUUUAUUUUUAACCUUUUAAACUUAAUAUUUUAAAUAUAUUUUAAUUGACUGUAUAAUUUUAACUGGUUUGUUUUUGUGUCAUAUAUAAGGAAAAAUGUCGGACUUCUUCGAUUUCAACACGUCCAUGGACAAAACCUUCGAGGAAUUCGAUGAUACAGAUUACGAUGCUUUGAAUAGCGAAACUUUUGGACCCAUGGAUACACCAGAUGGGGAUUGGGAAGAGACACAUGAACAGUUUGCCAUGAAUAUAGAAACCCCCAAGGAGCCUAAAGAGGAUAAAAGCAAUGAAAUGGAGCAGAUGCUUGCAUCGCUUACUAUGAAUUGUAUCUUCGAUGAAGAUCUCACUGAACUGAGAGGUAGUGUAAACGGGUCCUCUCAGCAACCUCCAGCUCCAAGUGUUAAGGCUGUACCAUCAAGCCCAUGGGCCAACAAUUUAGCUACAAAUACUACGGGAGUACAAAACUUCCAAAAUAACCAGAUGAAAAAUACUUCCCGAGACUUUUGGCCACCACAACAUCCAGCCCCAUCUACACCAUCAGCUGGACCUGGCAACAACUGGCCACCUCCCAGGAUGCCAACUGUGGAGGAAAUUGAGUCAAUGAUGAUGACGAAAAGUGACCCUCAAAAGCCACUAGCACCAUCGGCAGCCUCAGUCCCACCUUCCAUUGAGAAUGAAAACAGAAACUUGAUUACUAGAUCUGGCCAUCAUAAUGGCAACUUUGCAGGUGUCAGAGGUGGGGCGAUACCUCGACACCCACAGCCGCCCUAUCAUGCUGUCCAUCACCCUUAUGGAUACACCCAGGGAAUGCAGCCACAUUUAAUGCCAAACCAGCCUAGGGGUUCGCAGGGUCACAGCGUGCACAACAUCCAUAACCACCCCCUGAUGAGACCCACAGGUGGGAGGACUCAAGUCCAGUGUAAACCACAACGAUAUUCCGACUGGAAGAUGCCCUUCCAAAGACAACAACAACAAAAUAACCUUCCGCCUCAAUACCAAAAUACUAACCAGCACCAACAGUUUGGACGAGUGCCUCCAUAUCAGCCUACAGAUGAAUGGGCGGGCCUGAUGAGUCCGCAAGAAAAGCAAUGGCUUGCAUCCAUCCAAAUGCUACAGCUUAACACCCACCAGCCGUUCCGAGACGACUAUUAUUUUACGGUCUACCAGCAGAGACACGGAAGCGGCAAGAAGAUUGCAGGACCCCCCAACCAGAAAAGGGAUAACCUGGGGAUUGCUCCCCAGAAGCAAAAUACCUACACACCCCUUCAGUUUGAGAACUCCCUGGGGAAACUGCAGAUUGGGAGUGUCACAGCGCCGAGGAAGAUCAUUGACAUGGUCUACCUUGAUAUGAUAGACAGUAAUACAAAGCAGCAAAACGAGAGAAAAUCAAAAGCAAUUUUGAUGGAGAUUGAAAAGAUGUAUUCCCAAGUAAUCAAGAUCGAAGAUUCAUAUAAUACCGCCAAUGUGGAAAAGGACAAGGUAGACAUUGUCGACCUUCAGACUAAAUUAAUGAACUCAAUCGCAUGUGAGGGGAAUGAAAGAAAACUGGCUCAGAUUAUGUCAGUUAAGAAAGGAAAAAAGUUAGUUCUUAGGAUGCUGCCUAUGCUCCUUACCCCUGCAAAGCUACUGCAAACGCUAAUGAAGGAUCUUCCUAGUAUAACUAGAAAAGACUCAGAACACAAUAUGCUGUUAUUCCUUCCAGCGAUAAGGAGUUAUCUCCAGGGUAUUGAUCUCAAGACUUUGGUUGAGAUUACCACUGAAUAUGACAACCUCUUUCUGCUCUCCAAUAAGUUCACCAUCUCUGUCGUGGCUAACCUUAUUUUAAGAGCUGACGAAGUUAAGGACCAGUGCUCUGAACCUAAUGUACUAACUGAGUGGAACAAUUUCCUAAUUAGGACUUUGGAAGCGACCCGCAACAUGAGUAACACUGAGAGGCCCGUCAUAGCUGUAGAACGAAGCAUUCUCGUUAGACAUCUAAUGCCAGUUAAGGAUCAGGUGAACAAGAGUGACAUUGAGGCGUUGAUGCAGUUACUACAGCCAGCUAAUACGUCAGCUCGUGUGCCGUCCCCAGAAGAGAUCUGAACGCUAUAACUUUGACUGACGUCGGUUAUGUGCAAUAAAUGCCUGGUCACAUGGUGAUCUGGACAUUUCCUGUUUAUUCAAAAGACAUUGUUAAUCAAGGCCUAUUUAUCGAGUCAUUUAUAGAAGAAAUAUUGUAGGCUUUGAUAUUUAAUAUAUUGUUCCUUUUACUGGCAUCGAGUGUAAGCCAAUUUACCGAAGAAACGUCUCUGUAUUAAUUGUUGUAAUUUUAAGAGUUAAACACUUUUAACUUUUAACUUUUAUAUUCAAAUUCAGUUAUAUUUUUUAAGUAUUCUUAGCCUAUUUUUACAUUUUUAAUGUUUUAAUACAAUUUAUAACCUUUGUUCUGCCUUUUUGUUUUAAUUUUCUAUACAUAGGUUUGAAAGAACCUUAUUUGUUGUUUAUAUAUUUCAGUUGUUUUAAUAUUUCCUGCCAGCUGCAGCUGUAAAAUAGAUGUACAUUUAAUACAUUAACUAUGUACAUUACUGUUAAUAGUUACAAUUGCCUCAUGACGGGCAAUUAUGUAUUUUAUUAAAAGUUUCUAUUCCUUUA